AUGGCUCUGGCAGCCCAUCAACAAACACCUCCACAACCUCAACAUGAUUACUUUUCAAGUAAACCUGAUGGUUUCCAUGUGGAGCAGCAACAACACUCUCACAACAUAAUGUCACUCAUUCCAGCCUCUAACGAAAAACCACGCUCCAUACUCACCAAUACUAAUAAUUCCAUCUCUACUGUUAAUACACCAUCUAUCCACGAAUACCCAAUUACGACUUCUAUUACUACUACUUCUACUACUAAUGAACAUUUGUAUCAGAACGAAGCUAACAGACAGUUCAGUCUGCCCCGCUCUCAGCUGUCUCUAGGUCAGAGUGCAGAGACAGAUCCAACGCCUUACUCGGACAUGGACGCUAUUCCACCCCCAGGUCCAAAGCGAUACUCCACCAGCUUCAAUCUGGCGCCUGCUUCAUCAUUCAAAAAGAACGCUCAAACAAAGCAAAAAAACCGACUUACCAGAAAUCACACAACUGCCGGCACAUCUACAGAAGCUGUGAGCGAGGAUUUCGCUAAAGAACUGUCUGCUAGACAAAAGGCAUUCCGUCGUUUAUCCCGUCGUAAGCCUCUAGAGGAAGAUGAAGACCGAGUUUUGAUGGGUACUCGUAUUUCUGAAGGCCAUCAAAACUACAUUCUAAUGUACAACAUGUUGACUGGUAUUCGUAUUGCUGUCGGACGAGUCUCGGCAAAAAUAGACCGACCUCUAGUAGAGCAAGACUUCUCGGCUGCUCACAAACUAGCAUUUGAUGUCACAGGUGAUGAGCUAACACCUGGAGCCAAGUAUGAUUUCAAGUUUAAAGAUUAUGCACCUUGGGUCUUCCGUGCUUUGCGUGAGAGAUUUGGUAUUGAUCCAGCAGAUUAUCUGAUUUCUUUAACGAGUAAAUAUAUCUUAUCUGAGCUCGCUUCUGCCGGUAAAAGUGGUAGUUUCUUUUACUACUCGAGAGAUUAUCGCUUCAUCAUCAAGACUAUCCACCAUACAGAGCACAAGUUCAUGAGAAAGAUUCUCAAGGAAUACCAUGAUCAUGUUUCCUCGAAUCCAGAUACCCUGCUUUGCCGUUACUAUGGUCUUCAUAGAGUCAAGUUACCCCAUGGUCGCAAAAUCCAUUUUGUCGUCAUGGGCAAUGUAUUACCACCCAACAAAGAUAUCCACGAAACUUAUGAUCUCAAGGGCUCAACUAUCGGCCGUUUCUUACCUGAAGAAGAAAUCCGCAAAAAUCCCUAUGCUGUCAUGAAGGACUUGAACUGGGAAAAGCGAGCUGCCAAACUACAACUUGGUCCUGUCAAGCGCAAACUCUUCAUCACUCAAUUAUUGCGAGAUGUCAAAUUGCUGGUGCGUAUGAAUAUCAUGGAUUACAGUUUGAUGAUUGGUGUCCAUGAUAUUGUCCGUGGUAACAAGGACAAUGUCCGCAACUCCACAUUACAAACCUUCCAGCCAAAUACUAAAUUAGCAGAACGUCGUGCUUCUAUGAUGAAACGUCGUGAAAGCAAAGCCAUGGUCUAUCGAAAGGUAAUCAUGGAAGCUAAUCCUGAUCGUCUCAAUGCCUCUGAAUUACCUGAUACGCUUUUUGAUGAACGUCGUAAUUGUGCAUUCUACUCUGACGAUGGUGGCUUCCAAGCAACGGAUGAAAAGAAUAGAGCAGCACCAUCUCUUUACUUUUUGGGUAUCAUUGACAUCUUAACGCCUUACGAUCUCAAGAAGAAAUCCGAGCAUUUCUUUAAAUCAAUAACUCAGGACAAGAAUGAAAUCUCUGCUGUCAAGCCCAAGGUCUAUGGUAACAGAUUCAUGGGUUUCAUGGCCAAGAAAGUCUUGGAACACAACGAAGAUAUCCCUCAUGAGUACCAAAUAGAGUCCUCUCCUGAAUCCAAAAAAUCAGUUUAA